AUGGAGUCUCCAGCGCAAAAGGGAGUCUACAGCACUCGGUGUUCCCAGGCGGUCACCCAUCCAAGUACUAACCGAGCCCGACGUUGCUUAACUUCAGUGAUCGGACGAGAACUGGUGCUUUCAACGUGGUAUGGCCGUAGACAUUAUAUAGAAAUUUUUCUGGCGGGUCUUUCUCGCAAAACAGGGGAAAAUACCAGCAAAAUGGAGUCUCCAGCGCAAAAGGGAGUCUACAGCACUCGGUGUUCCCAGGCGGUCACCCAUCCAAGUACUAACCGAGCCCGACGUUGCUUAACUUCAGUGAUCGGACGAGAACUGGUGCUUUCAACGUGGUAUGGCCGUAGACAUUAUAUAGAAAUUUUUCUGGCGGGUCUUUCUCGCAAAACAGGGGAAAAUACCAGCAAAAUGGAGUCUCCAGCGCAAAAGGGAGUCUACAGCACUCGGUGUUCCCAGGCGGUCACCCAUCCAAGUACUAACCGAGCCCGACGUUGCUUAACUUCAGUGAUCGGACGAGAACUGGUGCUUUCAACGUGGUAUGGCCGUAGACAUUAUAUAGAAAUUUUUCUGGCGGGUCUUUCUCGCAAAACAGGGGAAAAUACCAGCAAAAUGGAGUCUCCAGCGCAAAAGGGAGUCUACAGCACUCGGUGUUCCCAGGCGGUCACCCAUCCAAGUACUAACCGAGCCCGACGUUGCUUAACUUCAGUGAUCGGACGAGAACUGGUGCUUUCAACGUGGUAUGGCCGUAGACAUUAUAUAGAAAUUUUUCUGGCGGGUCUUUCUCGCAAAACAGGGGAAAAUACCAGCAAAAUGGAGUCUCCAGCGCAAAAGGGAGUCUACAGCACUCGGUGUUCCCAGGCGGUCACCCAUCCAAGUACUAACCGAGCCCGACGUUGCUUAACUUCAGUGAUCGGACGAGAACUGGUGCUUUCAACNGUGGUAUGGCCGUAG